UCUCGCCUCGUCUCUUGUUCUCAGGCUUCUCAGGCCAUGGCCUCUCACAGACUAAGCUGUUUUCUUUCCCCUUUUAUAGUUUUAGUAUUAUCUCAAUCUUUCCUUCCCUUUCUCUUUGGCGCUUCUUUAGAACAUCUAGUUAGUGAUCUUCCAAAUCAACCAUCAGUGGAAUUCAAACAAUACUCAGGAUACAUUACAUUGGACGAAACUAAAAGCACCAACUUCUUCUACUAUUUUGUAGAGGCCGAAGCCAAUGCCUCCUCUCUACCCAUCACCCUGUGGCUCAACGGAGGGCCUGGCUGUUCUUCUGUUGGUGGUGGCGCGUUCUCGGAGCUAGGACCGUUUUAUCCCAAGCCCAAUGGACAAGGGCUUAGAAGAAACCCUUUCUCAUGGAACAAAGUGGCUAACCUGCUGUUUUUGGAGUCCCCGGCUGGAGUGGGAUGGUCCUACUGUGAUAAAAAGCGAGAUGGCUACAAUUACGAUGACUGGCAAGUUGCAAAGGAGAACUUGGCAUUCCUGAGGAAAUGGUUCCAGCUCUUCCCCGAGUACACCAGCCACCCGCUUUUCCUCACCGGCGAGAGCUACGCAGGGCAUUAUAUACCACAGCUGGCAUGGUUGAUGGUGGUGUGCAAAGAGUUUAACCUCCAUGGCAUUCUGAUAGGGAACCCACUGCUGAACUAUGGGAUAGAUACCAGUGCAACCUACUCCUUCCUUUGGUCGCAUGGGGUGAUAUCUGAUGAGACGUUCCAUGGUGUCUCUCGCUGGUGUGACUUCAGAUAUGGCUACAUGGGUGGAGAAGCAGCAGUAGAAUAUGAGGAGAGAAGGGAAGGGAAGAAGGAAGGGUGCAUAUCCUUCUUAGCUUCUGCAAGAAAUGAGAUGGGGAGCGACAUCAACAUCUACGACGUCACCGCCGAUGUCUGUCCUCCUCCCAUUCUACACCAAGCCAUCAUCCUCCAUAAACAGGUACGUAUAUCCGAGCAUUCAGUUCUUUUCACCACCAAUCAUCAAGCUGCACGAGCUACAUUUGCUAUCUCAUGGAUUAAUCAUUAUAUUUAG